UAUCCCUAAUUUUGUGUAUAUGAACGGAAAAAGACACCAAGAGCCCCCAAAAAAAGGAAAAAAAUAUUCUGAUUGGAAUUUGCAAAAAAAUAAAACGCUACAAUUCAACAAAUUUAGUUGUGAUAAAAACUUUAGCUAACGGAUAAUAUAUUGUAGAGAAAAGAAUUCUAUAUAGGAAAAGAAAAAUCGAUUGAAAAUAAAUUGCAAGUGAUUGAAAUUAAGUGCGAAUAACGAAAAAUAAAAAAGAGAACUAGCCAAAGAAGAAGAAACGACAGAAAGUGUAUUUUUGGUGUUGCUGCUGUUUUUUGCUGGCAAAAAUAAAGAGGAGCGCUACUUUUAGGAAGAAAGUGUGACCGAAAAAGUGAAAUUUCAUUGCAAUAAGAAAAUAAUAAAAGCAUAAAAGAAAAUAGGAAAAUAUAUAUCGUAACUUUUUCUAUAUAUAUUUCGCAGAUACUUAAGCAUCAAACAAAAUGGGAAAUGAAACUUCUCUGCCCAUGGAGAUGUGCUCCAACUUCGAUGCCGAUGAGAUUCGUCGUUUGGGAAAACGUUUUCGUAAACUUGAUUUGGAUAAUUCCGGUGCCUUGAGCGUGGAUGAAUUUAUGUCAUUGCCAGAACUGCAACAAAAUCCCCUGGUUCAGCGUGUCAUUGAUAUUUUUGAUGCGGACGGUAAUGGGGAAGUAGAUUUUAAGGAAUUCAUACAAGGUGUAUCACAAUUUAGCGUUAAAGGCGACAAAUUAUCCAAAUUGCGCUUUGCAUUUCGUAUAUAUGAUAUGGACAAUGAUGGAUACAUAUCAAAUGGUGAACUGUUUCAGGUUUUAAAAAUGAUGGUAGGCAAUAAUCUCAAGGAUACGCAACUGCAACAGAUUGUGGAUAAAACAAUUUGUUUUGCCGAUAAGGAUGAGGAUGGUAAAAUUUCAUUUGAUGAAUUCUGUUCGGUGGUCGGUAACACAGAUAUACACAAAAAAAUGGUUGUUGACGUUUAAAUUCUGUUAAGCAAAACGUCGCUUUUAUAUAUUAAAAAAAACAUUUACUUAAAACAAACAAACAAAAAAAUUAAAACCACAAAAAAAACUCUUCUGAAACCCUUUAUACACCACCACCAGCUCCUUAAAACGUCCCUUAACAACAUCACCGAAUUUCUCUCUUCAAUCUUUCAAGUUUCCUCUCUAUCUCUCUCUUAACACCAAUCCAUCAUCACAUUAUCAAGAGAAAAAAAAAACAAAUGAAAAGAAGUGUCGCUCUUCUCCAUUUUUCAUAAAGAAAAUUAUAUACUUAACUAAUAUUUACAUAUAUACAUAUAUUUUUAAUUGUAUUUUUUUUUGCUAAGAGAUAAAGUUAAAAUUAAUAAAAAAAUUAUCACAAUUAUUAACAAAUUUAUAUUUAUAAAAUAACAAAAAGAAAAAAGAAAACAAACCAAAAAAAUCAAAUUCAAAUUAGCAAAAAUUAAAAACACAAAUCAAAUUUUCUUUUUUUACAUUAAUAUAAAAUCUCCAAUGUCAAAUUUCAAUAAAAAGAAAACCUUACCCCGUUGUUACAUCAUACAUAGAUUCUUCGAAUUUCAUUUGUUUUUCGAAUUUAAAUUGCAAUUUUUUGUUUCCAUUUAAACAAUAACCUAACCCUGUUCUUCCUAUCCUCCAUAUUUCAACCCCUAUUCCCCUUUCUUAUCCAAAGUUUCUUAAAAAAUAAUAAAAAAAAUAUUUUAUAAAACUUAAUUUAUUUUGUUUAAAAUUUGUUUAUUUUUGCUCUUUUUUAAGGUUAAGUUUGUUAAAGUCUUUAUGAUGAUUUCCUAAGCAUAAAAUAAAAACGAAUCCAAAUAAAUAAAACAAAAACGUUUAAUAAUGAAACUACCAAAAAAAAUAAACUUAAUUUAAAAAUCUCAGCUUAAUAUAAUGAUAACAACAACAUAAUGUGCAGUAAUUUACUUUAUUUAAACAAAACAAAAACAAACAAUACAAACAACAUUAACUUCCAUAAGGAGUAUUACCCAGAAAUAAAAACAUCUCAAAAAUAAUGAAUAUACAACAUUACAUUUAACAUUUAAAAUGAAUCAACAACAACUAUCAGCAAUAAACGAACUUAUGCAUUAUAAUAACAUCAGAAACAAAACACUAAAAAAUACAUGCAACGUUUUUCUCUACCAACAUCAAACAAAACAAAACAAAAUAA